GAAAUGAAAAUAUGGAGUUUUUUAGUGUAUAAUAGCCAUUUGGUUAUUAAAAUAUUCAGUAAAAACAUAAAGCAGAAGCAGGAACCUUUAAACAAAUUCAAGUUUGACUUGGCCUCUGCAAUGGCUUCCAAGGGAAGAAAUCAGGAAGCCAUCAAGCAGUUAAAGCUUAAAGCCAGAAGAUGAGAGGAGACUUCAUUCGCAAGUAAGGCAAGAGGAUAAAGACGCCAUGGGGAGAAGUGAGGAUAGGAUCAGUUGCUUACCUGAUUCUGUUCUUCAGAGCAUCCUGGCCAUGAUGCCUCUGAAAUCAGCAAUCAGAACUGAUGUGCUCUCUCAGAAAUGGCGAAAUCUAUGGAAAUACUCUCUCUCCACAGCUACAAAUCUGGAUUUCGGUGAGGACUUUGCACAUAAUCUAUCUGCAAAAGAGUUUGUAGAAACUGUCAAUCGAUAUCUAUUAAUGAAUGACAGUAAAAAGCUGGAGACUUUCCAUCUUUUCUUCUGCCCCUUUGAUUUGUUUGUAUCUGAUAUAGAGCGGUGGAUCAGAUUUGCAACAGGUAAAGGCGUUAGAUAUCUUGAUAUAGACUUAUCCCAAGGAUUUAGAAACCCAGUAGAUGGUGAAUUUACUGAUAGUAGAGUCCCGUUUGAGCUGCCUUCUUCUCUAUUUGAUUGUGAUUCAUUGAUUGAAUUGAGCUUAAGUCGCUGCAUUCUAAUCAGUCCUUUGAAUCUGAGAAAUUUUGGUGGCUUGCAAUCUCUCUCGAUCAGUCAUUCCAACAUCGAUACAGAGAUGCUCCAAAGCAUUCUCACUGAGUGCUCUCUUCUCGAGAUCUUGAGUCUAAGGAGCUGUCAACAUCUUGCUGUCAUUAACAUUACGGUUCCAGAUCUCAAACUGAAGAGGUUGACCAUUGGAGAUUGCUUCAUAUCUGAUUUGUUGGAGAUAGAUGCUCCAAAGCUUCAAUCUUUUCACUAUUUUGGACGAUUAUGCUCUGAAACCAACUUCACAAACAUCUCAUCAUUGGAAGAUGCUUCAAUUUAUUCGAUUGGGAGAAAUUCCGAGCUUGAUUACACAUAUUUAUUAACAGAUCUUUCACAUAUUCAGAUACUCACCUUAUGCACAGCAACUCUAGUGCAUCUGCAUCAAAAUGAAGAAAGCUUUGAUGAUGACUUAAUCGAACUACAAAACCUCCAAGAAUUACAGUUUCUCAUGACAUCAAUGAGCGACGGGUAUCUCACCUGCUUCUACACAUUCUUUUCUAUCUGUUCCUCUCCAUUCCUUGAAAAGCUUUUCAUCCGACUACCAAUACACGUUGAAGAUCGAAAUGAGGAGAAGUAUGGGGUGAGCGUGAGGCUGAAUCCAAUUGGUCUGGAUAAUUUUACCUUUGACCAUCUGAAAGUGAUCAAGGUGACAAAUUUCAAAGGAAGCACUAAUGAAAUGAGAAUGGUGAGCUUCCUCCUACAGAAAGCUGCAGUUUUGGAAACUCUGGUUUUAGUUCUUCCCUUUGUUAAGGUGGAGAAUGGUAAAGAAAGACUGGUUUUGAGGAUUCUGAGAGGGCAAGUUUUGCUGCUUCAAAAAGCAGCUCCAAGCGCUCAGAUUAUUCUCCAUGAAUUUGGAGAAGAUGAUGGCUUUAAUCCAACGCAUGUGGAGAUUUAUAAUGAUUAUAGCUGCUUGCCGAGUAUACCUUCCAUGGUUGCUGGAGAGAAGAUCAGUCAAAACUGUAAUUUUUAAUUGAAAUUUGAAAGAAUGGAUUUUUUGUUUUGGGUUCAUGUGGAA